UAAUACUGCGAUUAAUAUCGUGUGGAAUGCGUAUUAAUAUCGACGCGUUUAGAGAGCUCCUUAUAAGGACAAGAACAAUGUAUUUGACUGAAUACGAAUGGUACUACAUGCCUAGCAGCGUGCAUAAAAUAUUGAUGCAUGGGUGUGAGGUUAUUGAGUAUUUCGAUCUACCAAUUGGCAAUUUUUCAGAGGAAGCUCUGGAAGCUUUACAUAAACACAUACGUAUCGUACGAUAUGAUCAUACACGUAAAACUGCUCGGGAGCAUACAAACAGAGACUUGAUGUCAUACUUAACAAUAUCAUCAGAUCCUGAAGUAGUUUUUAAAAGGAGUGCUAUCCCAAACAAAAAUGCAGUUUAUACAAUGGACGAGCUGGAAGAGUAUUUAGUCGAUGCUGAAGAAACUUAAAAGUAAUAAGUACCCUUCAGUCAACUCAAUUAGUUUUAUACUAAUCAAAUACUAGUCAGCCACACGGCCUCAACUAGUUCGAGUUCUGUAAUUUUUCCAUAUAAGCAACUGGCCGCGGCGAUGUCCUACGAGAUGGCAAUUGUCCUCUUCUGCAUCAGCACUAUACCAGUUGGCAUACUAGUCAGCCUCUGCAUCAGCAAUAUAUCAGUUGACAUACUAGUCAAUAUAUACAUCAAUAUCAUACCA